GCCAUGGGCUCGCGCGGCUCCCACGCCACGGUCAUUCCCGACGGGGACAGCAUCCGGCGAGAGACGGGCUUCUCGCAGGCCAGUUUGCUCCGCCUGUACCACCGAUUCCGCGCCCUGGACAGGAACAAGAAAGGCUACCUGAGCCGCAUGGACCUCCAGCAGAUCGGGGCGCUGGCCGUGAACCCCCUGGGAGACCGUAUAAUUGACAGCUUCUUCCCGGAUGGGAAUCAGCGAGUGGACUUUUCAGGCUUCGUCAGGGUCCUGGCGCAUUUUCGGCCCAUAGAUGAAGAGGAAGCAGGAAUCCGAGACCCCAAGCAACCCGAACCCCUUAACAGCAGAAUGAACAAACUUCGCUUCGCAUUUCAGCUGUAUGACCUGGACAGAGAUGGGAAGAUCUCCAGGCACGAGAUGCUACAGGUGCUGCGGCUGAUGGUCGGGGUCCAGGUGACAGAGGAGCAGCUGGAGAGUAUCGCCGAUCGCACAGUGCAGGAGGCUGACGAAGACGGGGACGGGGCCGUGUCCUUCCUGGAGUUCACCAAGUCCCUAGAGAAGAUGAACAUUGAGCAAAAAAUGAGCAUUCGGAUCCUCAAGUGA